AAUGUGUAUUUGACGGGCGUUGGAGGUAUAAUACGCGAGAAUAUAGUGGGCCUCAGGAUCUCAUUCAUUAUUAACGCCACGUAUGAGGCGCCCAACGUAGACAUUAAAGACCUCGAAUGCAUUAGAGUUCCCAUCGACGAUACGGUCGAUGACGACAUUUCUCUCUAUUUGGAAGAAGUGGCGGACAAACUGAAUGAAGUGGUGUCUAAAAAUCGGAGAGCUAUAGUCCAUUGUGUGGCCGGAAUCAGUCGCUCUUCUUCUCUGGUUUUGGCUUAUUUAGUGAAAUAUCAGAAAAUGACUUUAAAAGAGGCGUUCAUUCACUGUAGAAAGUGUCGGAAGUUGUGUCAACCAAACGUCGGUUUCUUCAAAUCACUCAUAGAAUUUGAGAGAAAAAUUUUAGGAAAAACUUCCGUUAAGAUGACGAGUAUAACAAUCAAAGACGAAAACAAAGAGAUACCAGACAUUUAUGUGGAUCUCUUCAACGAAAUGAUUUACUCGACAGCAAUGGAAACGAGAGACGCAUCGAAUGCAUCCAAAAAGAAGAGUAUGUAUGAGUUGUCCGGAAGGAGUCGUUUGGCCUCAACUACAGAAACU